AUGUCCAUCAUGGAGAAGGACCUCAGUAAGCUCGACGAAUUUGCUCAAGAAUACUACCUUGAAAAAAAGAAAGAGAUCAUUCAAGACAUGCAAAGAAACGAAGCUGACAAUCAAGCUCGACAGGAUGCUGCCAAUCAAGCUCAAUCAAUAUCCAGCACCAGCCCCAUCGACCAACUCUACCGGCACUACCCGCAAGAAAUCUCAAAAAGAGAAACAAAACAACCAAGCAAUGAAGUGUAA